AUGGCGGACAACUUGGACCGGAUUGUAGAAACAUCGACUGCGGAAUGCCUGGCUACCGGGUUCGUAUUCACUGAAGGCCCCCUCUGGCAUCCCGACGGCUAUUGGCUGUUCGUGGACGUUCGAAGGGAGCCGGGCGCCAUCUUUAAGCUGGUCCCUGGCGGCCAAACCGAAAUCUUUCGGGAACCUAGCAACGGUUCCAACGGCCUUACCUUCGAUCUGGAAGGGAGGCUGGUUAUGUGCGAGGGCGACGGACGGCGAAUGAGUCGCCGGGAGCACGAUGGCACCAUUACACCCCUUGCAGAGCAGUGGGAAGGCAAGCGCCUCAACCGGCCCAAUGAUGUGGUCUGCCACUCCGACGGCAGCAUCUACUUCACCAACCCGGGAGGCCGUGUGCCUGCCGAAGAACGUGAGAUUGACUUCAGUGGCGUUCAUCGCAUCGCGCCCGAUGGUACGGUCACAGCAGCUAUUACCGACACCGAGUACCCCAACGGCCUCGCCUUCUCACCCGACGAAACUGUUCUGUACGUUACAAAUACACGCGAAAGAAUGUACAUCGCGGCCUACGAUGUGCUUCCGGAUGGAACGGGAUCAAAUGGCCGGGUCUUCGCCGACAUGUCUUCGGACGAGCCCGACGGCGUACCUGACGGAAUGAAGGUCGAUUCGGCAGGGAACGUCUACAGCACCGGCCCCGGCGGCUGCUGGGUCUUUGAUGCUCUUGGUAAUCAUCUUGGCAUAAUUCGCCUGCCGGAAAUUCCCGCCAACUGCGCCUGGGGCGGUCCCGACAACCGCACCAUGUUCUUCACGGCCCGAACGUCGGUGUACACCUUGCGGAUGCAGAAUACCGGAAUCUCCCCGUGGCGCGGGGGCUAG